AUGAACCACGACGCCAUACUUCAAACUGUCCAGCGAUGGCGGCGCCCACGCUACUCGGCACGCCCCUUCGCCCUUACUAUCCUCGCCAUUACCCUCAUCUCGUUACUUGCAUGGGCAAAGACACAGGCUCGUCCAGGCGCAACGUCAUCUGGCUUGCUACACAAGAGGGACGUGACUAUCCUGGAUCAAGAGUGCCGCCUCGUCCACCAUGCCCACGACCAGUGCGCUUUUGUGCGCGCAAACUGCCCCGAUGAAGAAGCCGGAGUCAUCUCGUACCUGACUUUUUACUACUGUCGCCUGCCUCGCGCAAAGCCAGUCGCCUUCGCCCUCAUGACCCUCUGGCUUGCUCUGCUCUUCAGCACCAUUGGAAUCGCAGCCAGCGACUUCUUCUGCGUCAACCUCAACACUAUUGCGCGCAUGUUGGGCAUGAGCGAAAGUCUUGCCGGGGUAACCUUGCUUGCCUUUGGAAAUGGCAGUCCCGAUGUCUUCUCCACCUUUGCUGCCUUCCGCACCCACGCAGCAAGUUUGGCUGUCGGCGAACUUAUUGGCGCUGCGUGCUUCAUCACUGCCGUUGUCUCAGGCUCCAUGGCCCUCAUUCGACCCUUUCAAGUCGCCCGUAAGAGCUUUGUCCGUGACGUUGGCUUCUUCCUCGUCGCCGCCGCCUUCAGCAUGGGCUUCAUCAUCGACGGCAAGUUGCAUCUCUGGGAAGCGAUCAGUAUGGUUGCCUUCUACCUGUUCUACGUCGCUUUUGUUGUUAGUUGGCACUGGUGGCUCAACCUGAGGAAGGCGCGACGGGCAAGGGCUGCCACUAUGAGGAACCAAUAUGUCAUGCCUAAUGGUGAAGAGGAAGAAAUUCAGGAGUACCAUGACGAGGAAACAUCGUCUCACAGCAGAACCCCAAGUCACGGCAUAUCCAUCGAUGACUUUUCCAUGCUCGAAAAUGCUGGCAAUGACGAGCGCAUGAUCGACGAUGACGACAAUGAAGAAGAGCGCGAACGUUGGAUGGGCGAGCUGACCAACAACAUGCGCGUCAACCGACCCAGCAACUCGCGUCGCAACACGCACACGCCCAUUCGUCCCAGUCUAGUGGGAGCCCUCGAAUUCAGGGCUGUGCUGUCUUCGCUGCAAAAGUCACGAAAUAUUCAGUCCAUGCCCAUCAAUCUUCGUCGAUACUCUGAUGAUCCGACCUACACCACUGCUCAGCAGCAAAAGUACAUUUCACAAGGGACACAUGCUGCCGCACAGCCUCCCUUUGACGCCCAAUCUAGUGCCUCCGAUGCCUUGGCACACGUGAGCCGAUCAAACCUUGACAUUAACUAUGGUCUGGGUAAUCGAACUCGAGCAGUGUCAACUAAUGACAUCGACAAUAUCUUGUUGCAACCUAGCACCCUUCAAGGUCAGCCCGUGCCUGAUAUAACACUUGCGUCGGCAACCCCUAAUGACCAAGACGCGUUACUGAACGCUCCCCCAUCGCCAACUAUUUCCCUGUCUCCACCAAAUUCUCCAUCCUCAUACGAUCCAAUCUCAAAUACGCCCAGAACAAGGCCAACUUCAUCGAACAUGCUCGCGCCACCUAGCGGUGAUAACAGGGCAUCGGUCCGCCAAGGCACAUCGUCACCCAGUCCUUUCUCCUCGCCUGUCAUAGAAGCCAGCGACCGCCAAUCGCCUCCAAGUCUGAGGCUGGUUGUGCCAGAUGCUAGCUCUCCGCCAAUUCCCUUCCCCGCUUACACUGACUAUCCCUGGUCGGCGCAAUCAGCUUCGAGACCUGCAAGCCUUCGCCCGCCAUCUCCUAGUGCAUCUUCAGCGUCGGGAUAUUUCCCCAGGAACACAUUUGGUCUUUUUGAUCAAACUAGAACCCCUAGAUGGUGGCCAUCCAAUCUUCUGCCUGCACCCUAUGUGCUUCUCGCAACCCUCUUUCCAACUUUGACCAAUUGGAAGAGCAAAAGCUUCUUUGACAAGAUUUUGGGAUUGGUAGCAAGUAUACCGGUGUUUCUACUUACAAUCACAUUGCCCGUGGUCGAACCUCCGUCGGACGAGACUGAGACAAGCCACCCCGAGCCCUCAUUCGACUUUGGUUUACCGACAUCUCCAUCGACUCACAUUGGCAGUACAGAUUCACAUACGCGUAAUGCUUCUCUGACUUUGCCACCGGAUAGAUCAAAUAACGUUACGUACUCUAAGGAUAACAGACCCUCCAAUUUAUCCAUGCCACAAGGCAACAGCAACUCUUCGGCCAAUGCUGGUCACACACCUCAAGUAUACAUUACAGGUACAGACACACUGGCGCAAUCACCUGAGCAGGUUCCGGCACUCGGCUUGUCCGAAUCGACACAAUGGAAUCGCUGGCUAGUCAUUGUGCAGAUAUUCACGGCGCCAUUGUUCAUCGUCUUGGUCUUUUGGGCAAACAUGGAACCCGACAACCCUCGCGCUCUACUACGCCAUACACUUUACUCCUUAAUUGCUUCACUGUGUAUUCUGGCGCUGAUUCUGCUCACCACAUCUCCGUCUCGGCCACCCCACUGGCGCUCGGCGCUCUGUUUCCUUGGAUUCGCUGUCGCCAUCGCAUGGAUUAGCACGAUUGCCAACGAAGUUGUUGGUGUGUUGCGCACACUGGGCGUCAUCCUCAACAUGUCUGAUGCAAUCCUGGGCCUCACCAUCUUCGCUGUUGGAAACUCGCUUGGCGACCUUGUUGCGGAUAUUACUGUCGCGCGCCUCGGUUUUCCCAUCAUGGCUCUUUCGGCUUGCUUCGGCGGCCCUAUGCUUAACAUUCUGCUGGGCGUGGGCUUGAGCGGAUGCUACAUGGUGAUAUCCAAGGGAGAACAUCGACAUGAGAAACACCCGGAUCAGUCGGUACAUUUCCGGCCUUAUCACAUCGCGGUCAGCACUACAUUGGUUAUUUCUGGUGCGACACUACUUAUCACUUUGUUUGGCCUGCUCAUUGCGGUGCCUUUGCGCAAGUGGAAGAUGGACAAGGUCAUCGGCUGGGGAUUGGUCACAUUGUGGUCUGUGAGUACAGUUGCUAAUGUACUUGUGGAGGUACUGGGAUAUAGUAGUAGUGUUAGCUAG